AUGGAGAUCAAAGAAAACAACAGAUUUUCAAGUAUCUCCUCUCCAUUAAUGUCAUCUUCUUCGAUGGCUAUCCUCCUGGUUGUUCUAUGCUUUGUCUUUAACGACCCGAACGCUGCAUUUGCAGUCGGACCGGGCGCUUCCUUCAUUCCCAAAGAUAACUUUCUCAUUGACUGUGGAGCCAACAAGGAACUUGGUGCACUCCCUGAUGGAAGACUGUUCCAAACUGAUGAACAAUCCGAACAGUACUUAGAGGCCAACGAUCAUCUCGUAGCAGCCGCUGCACCGGAGAUGAAGGCACCGUCCCCGGUCGAUUUAACAGCAAGAAUAUUCCUCCAAGAAGCUACUUACAUUUUUCAAAUGGCAGAGCCAGGAUGGCAUUGGCUACGCCUCCAUUUCUUGCCUGUUAAAAGCAAUGACUUUGAUCUCUUAGAAGCCAAGUUUUCAGUAGUCACUGAAAAAUAUGUGUUGCUUCAUAGCUUCAACAUCAAUAAUGAUUCCACAUUUGUUCUUAAGGAGUUUCUUCUCAAUAUCACUGACCCAAAACUGUCAAUCACAUUCUUCCCAUUGAAGAAUUCAGCUGCUUUUAUCAAUGCCAUCGAGGUCGUCUCGGCUCCGAUGGACUUGAUAGCUGACUCGAACAUGGAACUGUCUCCAGUCGGGACGAUCGAGGGGCUAACGAAAUAUGCGUUUCAGACAUUGUAUAGGUUGAACAUGGGAGGACCUAUAAUCACUCCAAGAAAUGACACUAUUGGGAGGACAUGGGAGACAGAUGAGAUAUACAGGACACCAAAAGCAGCUGGUAGGAGUGUCAUUGUUGAGACCAAGAGCAUUAAAUAUCAAGAUGGGUUGGAAGAAAUUGGCAUGUUAAUAGCUCCUCCAAGUGUGUAUGCCAGUGCAGUUCAAAUGGGAGAAGCUCAUACAAGUGUACCAAAUUUUAAUGUCACAUGGAAAUUGGAGGCAGAUCCUUCAUUUGGGUAUCUAAUUCGCUUCCAUUUCUGUGACAUUGUAAGCAAAGCACUCAAUAAUCUGUAUUUCAAUGUUUAUGUAAAUGGGAAGCCUGCUAUAACCAACUUGGAUUUGUCACACAAGCUAGGGAGUUUGGCUACUGCAUACUACAAGGAUGUUGUGGUUAAUGCUUCCUUGAUGGUAGGGGGAUUGACGGUUCAAAUUGGUCCGGCGAACGUCGAAACGGGUGAUAUGAAUGCCAUUUUGAAUGGCUUAGAGGUACUGAAAAUAAGCAAUUCUGUUAAUAGUUUGGAUGGAGAGUUUGGAGUGGAUGGUAAGUCUGCAAAUGGGAGUAGUCGUGGUACGGUGGCUGCUGUUGGGUUUGCGAUGAUGUUCGGGGCGUUUGUCGGGCUCGGUGCUAUGGUGAUGAAAUGGCAUAAAAGGCCUCAAGAUUGGCAGAAGAGGAACAGUUUCUCUUCUUGGUUGCUUCCUGUACAUGCUGGGGACUCUAGCUUUAUGAGCAAGAGCUCAUAUGGAUCACACAAGACCAACCUUGGUUUAGGGCUUGGCAGGCUGUUUAGUUUGGCAGAGCUGCAAGAAGCCACCAAGAACUUUGAUCCAAAUUCAAUAAUUGGUGUUGGUGGGUUUGGAAAUGUGUAUAUUGGAGUGAUUGAUGAAGGGACAAAAGUUGCUGUCAAGAGAGGAAAUCCACAAUCUGAACAAGGCAUUACAGAAUUCCAAACUGAAAUUCAUAUGCUUUCCAAGCUCAGACAUAGGCAUUUGGUUUCUUUGAUUGGUUAUUGUGAUGAAAACUCUGAGAUGAUCUUGGUUUAUGAGUUCAUGUCAAAUGGUCCAUUCAGAGAUCACUUGUAUGGAAAAGAUGUGACUCCAUUGUCAUGGAAGCAAAGGCUAGAGAUCUGUAUUGGAGCGGCUCGAGGUCUUCAUUACCUUCAUACAGGAACGGCUCAGGGAAUCAUUCACCGUGAUGUCAAAACAACCAAUAUUUUGCUCGACGAGAGCUUCACUGCUAAAGUAGCUGAUUUCGGGCUAUCGAAGGAUGCUGCGAUGGGGCAGGGACAUGUGAGUACUGCAGUGAAGGGAAGUUUUGGAUAUUUGGAUCCAGAGUACUUCAGGAGGCAACAGUUGACAGAGAAAUCAGAUGUUUAUUCGUUUGGAGUUGUUUUGCUUGAGGCUUUGUGUGCAAGGCCAGCAAUCAACCCUUCUUUACCAAGAGAGCAAGUGAACUUGGCUGAUUGGGCAAUGCAGUGUAAGAGAAAAGGGUGUUUGGAGAAGAUAAUGGAUCCUCUUCUAGUUGGAGCCACAAAUCCUGAGUCCAUGACCAAGCUUGCAGAAGCAGCAGAGAAGUGUCUUGCUGAGCAUGGUGUAGAUAGGCCAAGCAUGGGGGAUGUGCUGUGGAAUUUGGAGUAUGCAUUGCAGCUUCAAGAAUCGUUCUCAGAAGGCAAAGGUGAAGAUGAAAGCACGGUCGCAAGUGUGGCAGCUGUUGCCCCCGCGACCGCUGUCGACGCUUCUACAAAUGCACCGAACUCGGUCGAGCGCCCUGUCGUGCAGGCAGAACGGAGUAGGCAACCAGUAGAGGUCGAAGACGUCGAUGAUGACUCGGGAAGUACAAUGUUUGCUCAUUUCUCUAAUCUCAAUGGUAGAUGAUUUGAAAAUUUGGAGGGAUGUUCCUUAUCUUUUCUUUUCUUCCUCUCCUUUUUCUUUGUAAUUUAUCAAGUGGGAGUGUCUG